AUGGUUUUGAACCGUAGGAAGUCACGCGACGCAAAAGAGAAUGAGGAUAAACCAAAGAAGAAGAUGAGAAUGCCACAGAAUACUGCAUUCAAACAACAAAGACUAAGAGCCUGGCAACCUAUAUUAACUCCUAAGCAAGUUUUACCCACGUUAUUCAUAAUAGGAUUGGUGUUUGCUCCCAUAGGAGCCGUUUUGUUAUCUUAUAGUAACCGAGUCCAUGAGUUUAGUCUGGAGUAUACAAAUUGUAAUGAAGAGGCACCAACGGGCGAUGGUAACUUCGGCGAUAUGCCAUCAACUGCUUAUAGUUAUCCAACAUUCGACGAUUUCACACCACCGCAAUGGUCCUUUUUUAAUAAUACCGAUGAAGCUGAUCCAUCCAGACAAGCCGGUUGUACAAUACGGUUUGACGUGCCAAGGGACCUUGACGCGAGUGUAUUUAUGUAUUACAAAUUAGACAGAUACUAUCAAAACCAUAGACGUUACAUCAAAUCAUUCGAUCAAUUGCAAUUUCAAGGAAAAUACAGAACAGCUCAGCAGUUGAAUAAUGCAGAUUGCAAACCAUUAGGUGAUAGUGAUGGCAAACCAAUCUAUCCAUGUGGAUUAAUAGCAAAUUCUCAAUUCAAUGAUACUUUUUCACAACCUCGCCAACUGAACAACGUAGAGGGUGAUGUCGAUAUAAUAUAUAACAUGACUGAUAAAGGUAUCGCUUGGAAACAUGAAGGAAAGAAAUAUAAAUAUCCAGAUGCUGCCCCUGAUGGUGAAGAACCUUACGUACCACCUCCAAACUGGGUUAAACGCUAUCCAGGCGGUGUUUACUCAGAUGAGCAUCCAUUACCUCAUUUAUCAGAAGACGAACACUUCCAAGUGUGGAUGCGUCCAGCCGCUUUCCCAAAUUUCCAUAAAUUAUAUUUCAGAAAUGAUAAUGACGUUAUGACUACAGGUACUUACGAAAUAACUGCCUACAUGAACUACCCAGUUGCAAUGUUUGGUGGUAAAAAAUCAAUAGUUUUCAGUACGGUCAGUUGGGCAGGUGGUCGAAAUCCAUUCUUGGGUAUCUGUUUCAUUGCUGUUGGCGCUUUCUGCGUUUUCGUUGGUUUGAUCUUUACUUUACGUCAACUGAUUAAACCUCGGAGAGUUGGUGAUUUAACAUUACUCUCUUGGAAUCAACCAAAUGCAAAGACAGAGUAG